ACCAAAGUAGCGAGCCAACCCAAAAAAAAAAACCUUCGUUUCCAGCCUCAUUGAAAUUGCCUGAGGAGACGGAGCAACAGUUACUCGUUGAAACACACGACGAACUGUUCACUCGCCUCCUUCCUCCCGCCAAAUCUGGAGCCUCAUUUGGCGCCAAAAUGGAACGGAACAUACAGCCACAACUGAUCCUCAUUCUCUCUCCCUCAUCAGCCCUCUCUUCCAUCGUUGAAUCUCAUCUCCGGUAAACACUGAAGUGAUUUCUUUUGGCUGCUGUCUUGGUUUACCUUCAAGUUAUUCCUAAGGUACUGAAGUUUAAUGGGGCCACGAUGGAAGGGAAAGGGAUCGGAAGCUAAAGCUCUAGCUGAUCCAAUGUCAAAGAUAGUCUCUCAGCUUAAAUCAACUCUUAUCCAAUCAGAUUCUCAUGGUCUACUUUCCGGAUGCAGUAUUCUUCUUGAAGUGGAAACAGAAGAACAAACUGAACUUCUCAAUCGUGCAUGUUUCGGUCGACCCAUUGUCACCGCCCAGAAGGAUAAGCAGUGGUUUCAGCUGGGUAUGGAGGAAGCCUUUUACUUGUAUUACAAUCUGAAAUGUCUCAAAAUCGUGGGCGAAGGCAAAUGUACCAAAAACGAAGACGAACUAUGGAACUACAUGAAAUCCAAGAGAGAAACAUUCCCAGAUUUUCUCAAGGCUUACACCCAUCUGCGUACAAGAAAUUGGGUGGUACGAUCAGGAUCUCAAUAUGGUGUGGACUUUAUUGCCUACCGUCAUCAUCCGGCUCUAGUGCAUUCCGAAUAUGCCGUGCUUGUUUUAUCAGAAGGACAAGGUAAUGCGAAUGGUCGGUUGAGGGUUUGGUCUGAUUUUCAAUGCACACUUAGACUUUGUGGGAGCGUAGCAAAGACAUUGUUAGUUCUUCGCAUUGAUAGAAAUGGUGUCGGUGAAGAUUCUCCAUCAUGUUUGGAGAGUUAUAGCGUUGAAGAGCGUACGAUUACGAGGUGGAGUCCAGAGCAAAGCCGUGAAGAUAAAACAAUUGCUUCUUCACAAUUGCUAUAAACGGAACCAAGUGAGUUAUAUGGCAUGUUUUUGAAUUUCCUUUCUAUGACGUUGCCCGUUAGAAGUCUAUGCUUUCAAAACGUUGUGGGGGUUAUCCGUAAGUUGUGAGGACGACCCUUGAGAUUUUCAUUACCAUUUGCUUUAUUUAAUCCUGGCUACCCGUGAAGUCUUUUUUUUC